AACCGAUGAAUGAACGCGUGUCCGAGCGCUCGUGUGAACGCACCCGGGAGUGGGGAAAUCGCGGGAUUGAGGGCGGUGGGUGGGUGGCUGGGUAGGUGGACCUUAACUAGGAAGGAAGGAAGCAAGGAAGAGAGCACCAUUAUCCUCCUCCUCCUCCUCCCUUUACAGCAGAAUCCAGAAAUCCCACCUCGCCUUUUGAGGUGUUGAAAUAGAUUUUGGCAACUUGGAGAAAACCCUAAUCGUCUCUUGGGACCAGUGCUAUGAGUUAAGAAGCAUAUUGGGAUUUACAGGAUAUUAUUUUAAAUACCCUCAUUGAAAAUGUCUACUCCUGAUCCUCCUAUGGGGGGGACACCUCGUCCUGGGCCUUCUCCGGGGCCUGGGCCUUCUCCUGGUGCUAUGCUGGGACCCAGUCCUGGACCAUCCCCUGGUUCUGCACACAGCAUGAUGGGCCCCAGCCCAGGGCCUCCAUCGGCAGGCCACCCUAUACCACCUCAGGGGCCUGGAGGUUAUUCUCAGGACAACAUGCACCAGAUGCAUAAGCCAAUGGAUUCCAUGCAUGAAAAGGGAAUAUCUGAAGACCCUCGUUACAGCCAAAUGAAAGGCAUGGGGAUGAGGGCUGGUGGGCACACAGGAAUGGGGCCUCCUCCAAGCCCUAUGGAUCAGCAUUCCCAAGGUUACCCUUCUCCACUUGGUGGUUCUGAGCAUGCAUCAAGCCCAGUUCCAGCUAAUGGUCCUUCUUCUGGCCCCCAGAUGCCCUCCGGCCCUGGCGGAGUCCCAUUAGAUGGUACUGACCCACAAGCACUGGGGCAGCAGAAUCGGGGCCCUACUCCUUUUAACCAGAAUCAGCUGCAUCAAUUGAGGGCUCAAAUCAUGGCCUACAAGAUGCUUGCCAGAGGACAGCCUUUACCUGAUCAUCUUCACAUGGCAGUGCAGGGAAAAAGACCAAUGCCAGGAAUGCAGCAGCAAAUGCCAACUCUACCUCCACCUUCUGUAUCUGGAACAGGACCAGUGCAAGGCCCAGGGCCUGCACCGGGACCAACACCUCCAAACUACAACAGACCUCAUGGUAUGGGAGGGCCUAACAUGCCUCCUCCUGGACCCUCAGGAGUUCCUCCAGGAAUGCCUGGACAGCCCCCUGGUGGACCCCCAAAGCCCUGGCCUGAAGGACCAAUGGCAAAUGCUGCAGCCCCUACUAGCACACCUCAGAAACUGAUUCCUCCUCAGCCAACAGGCCGUCCUUCACCAGCACCUCCAGCGGUACCUCCAGCAGCAUCCCCUGUAAUGCCUCCCCAAACUCAGUCACCAGGGCAGCCAGCUCAACCUGCCCCAAUGGUACAGCUCCAUCAGAAGCAGAAUCGUAUCACCCCAAUCCAGAAACCAAGAGGACUUGAUCCUGUGGAAAUUCUUCAAGAGAGAGAAUACCGAUUGCAGGCUCGCAUUGCCCACAGAAUCCAAGAACUUGAAAACCUUCCUGGGUCCCUGGCUGGUGACCUGAGAACCAAAGCAACCAUUGAACUUAAAGCACUACGAUUGCUCAAUUUCCAGAGGCAGCUGCGUCAAGAAGUGGUGGUAUGCAUGAGAAGAGAUACUGCUCUGGAGACAGCACUGAAUGCCAAGGCAUAUAAACGUAGCAAACGGCAAUCCCUGAGGGAAGCUCGCAUCACUGAGAAGCUAGAGAAACAGCAGAAGAUUGAACAAGAACGUAAACGCCGGCAAAAACAUCAAGAGUACCUCAAUAGCAUUCUCCAACAUGCCAAGGAUUUCAAAGAAUAUCACCGAUCUGUCACUGGCAAGAUUCAAAAACUUACAAAGGCUGUGGCCACUUAUCAUGCCAAUACUGAGCGUGAGCAAAAAAAGGAGAAUGAAAGAAUUGAGAAGGAGAGAAUGCGCAGGUUAAUGGCUGAAGAUGAAGAAGGUUACCGUAAGCUUAUUGAUCAAAAGAAAGAUAAACGCUUAGCCUACCUGCUUCAGCAGACAGAUGAAUAUGUGGCCAACCUCACAGAGCUGGUGAGGCAGCACAAGGCUGCACAAGUUGCAAAGGAGAAGAAAAAGAAGAAGAAAAAGAAGAAGCCUGAGACUGCAGAAGGGCAGACAGCAGCAAUUGGACCAGAUGGUGAACCUUUAGAUGAAACCAGCCAAAUGAGUGACCUUCCUGUGAAAGUGAUCCAUGUAGAGAGUGGGAAAAUUCUUACUGGAACAGAUGCCCCAAAGGCAGGACAACUGGACACUUGGUUAGAAAUGAAUCCUGGAUAUGAAGUAGCACCAAGAUCUGAUAGUGAAGAAAGUGGAUCAGAGGAGGAGGAAGAGGAGGAAGAUGAGGAACAGCCACAGCCUUCUCAGACUGCUUUGCCUGUUGAAGAGAAGAAAAAGAUUCCAGAUCCAGAUAGUGAUGAUGUAUCAGAAGUGGAUGCAAGGCAUAUUAUUGAGAAUGCUAAGCAAGAUGUUGAUGAUGAGUAUGGAGUAUCUCAAGCUCUGGCAAGGGGAUUGCAGUCUUACUAUGCUGUGGCUCAUGCAGUCACUGAACGGGUGGAUAAACAGUCCACACUUAUGGUGAAUGGUGUCCUCAAACAGUAUCAGAUUAAAGGUUUAGAGUGGCUAGUGUCAUUGUACAAUAAUAAUCUAAAUGGAAUCCUGGCAGAUGAAAUGGGCCUGGGUAAGACAAUCCAGACCAUUGCUUUAAUUACAUACCUCAUGGAGCACAAACGUAUCAAUGGACCCUUCCUCAUUAUAGUACCUCUGUCGACGCUAUCAAAUUGGGCAUAUGAAUUUGACAAGUGGGCUCCUUCUGUGGUUAAGGUCUCAUAUAAGGGCUCUCCAGCUGCAAGGCGGGCAUUUGUACCUCAGCUUCGAAGUGGAAAAUUUAAUGUUUUGCUCACUACAUAUGAAUAUAUCAUCAAAGAUAAGCACAUCCUUGCAAAAAUUCGUUGGAAGUACAUGAUAGUUGAUGAAGGCCACCGGAUGAAGAAUCACCACUGCAAGCUGACCCAGGUCCUGAACACACACUACGUAGCCCCACGUCGUUUGCUGCUGACAGGGACUCCACUACAGAAUAAGCUCCCAGAAUUGUGGGCUCUGCUCAACUUCCUCCUUCCAACUAUCUUCAAAAGCUGUAGCACAUUUGAACAGUGGUUUAAUGCUCCAUUUGCCAUGACUGGAGAAAAGGUCGAUUUGAAUGAGGAAGAAACAAUUCUGAUUAUCCGCCGUUUGCACAAAGUAUUGCGUCCCUUCCUACUAAGAAGGUUAAAGAAGGAGGUAGAAGCACAGCUUCCUGAAAAGGUAGAAUAUGUCAUUAAGUGUGAUAUGUCUGCAUUACAAAGGGUACUCUAUAGACAUAUGCAGGCCAAAGGAGUGCUUCUUACAGAUGGCUCAGAGAAGGACAAAAAGGGAAAAGGUGGUACAAAAACACUAAUGAACACUAUAAUGCAGCUGAGAAAGAUUUGCAACCAUCCAUACAUGUUUCAGCACAUAGAGGAAUCCUUUUCUGAGCACUUAGGCUUCACUGGAGGCAUUGUGCAAGGACUUGACCUGUACCGUGCUUCAGGGAAAUUUGAACUCCUGGACCGAAUUCUUCCCAAGUUACGGGCUACCAACCAUAAGGUGCUGCUGUUCUGUCAGAUGACUUCCCUCAUGACCAUCAUGGAAGACUAUUUUGCUUACCGUGGCUUCAAAUACCUCAGGCUAGAUGGGACCACUAAAGCAGAAGAUCGUGGCAUGCUGCUGAAAACCUUCAAUGAGCCGGGCUCUGAAUAUUUCAUUUUUUUGCUGAGCACUCGAGCAGGGGGCCUGGGACUAAACCUGCAGUCCGCUGAUACGGUGAUCAUAUUUGACAGUGACUGGAAUCCUCAUCAGGAUCUGCAGGCCCAGGAUCGAGCCCAUCGUAUUGGUCAGCAAAAUGAAGUGCGUGUACUGCGCCUCUGCACUGUGAACAGUGUGGAAGAGAAGAUACUUGCUGCAGCCAAAUAUAAGCUGAAUGUAGAUCAGAAGGUUAUCCAGGCUGGCAUGUUUGACCAGAAAUCCUCCAGUCAUGAAAGAAGAGCUUUCCUCCAGGCUAUCUUAGAACAUGAAGAGCAAGAUGAGACCAGAUACAGCACGGGCAGCGGCAGUGGCAGCGCAAGCUUUCCCCACACUGCCUCAUCCCUGUGCCUCAACUCCGACUUGGAGGAGCCACCUUUAAAGGAGGAAGAUGAAGUUCCUGAUGAUGAAACAGUAAACCAGAUGAUUGCUCGGCAUGAGGAAGAGUUUGAUCUUUUUAUGCGCAUGGAUUUGGAUCGCAGGCGAGAAGAAGCCCGCAAUCCAAAGCGAAAACCACGUCUAAUGGAAGAGGAUGAAUUGCCAUCUUGGAUCAUUAAAGAUGAUGCUGAGGUGGAAAGACUCACAUGUGAAGAAGAGGAAGAGAAAAUGUUUGGGCGGGGUUCUCGUCACCGUAAGGAAGUGGACUAUAGUGAUUCGCUGACUGAGAAGCAGUGGCUCAAGAUGUCAGACAUUUCAGAUGCAGAAAGCCUACUUACUAUGCAGCUGAGUGUACCCUCUUCUUGCUGUCCCAGCAAACAUUUCAUCCUACUUGUUACUGGGCAGUGAUCCAGACAUUGGGUGUGCUCCUUCUCUUUAGCCAGUAGGAGGCAAACCUUGCUGGGAAGGGUGGGAGAAGAAGCAGCUGGCUCUGAGCUAAGUUAGGAGGUAUUACCCUUCCUUCUGAGAGCUAGUCACAUGUCUGCUGUUGCAGGAACAGUGUGUUAGUUAGGAUAAUUUUCCUUUGUAGAGUAACCCAGGUGUUGAGUUAGAGGAAAGUGAAGUAAUUCAAGCUGCAAAACUUUGCAGCACAGAAGACAUCCUUCUUUGCUCAGCCAUCCUAGAGGUUUUAAUGAAGAAUCAGUAUGCAAGCCUGGAACCAAAGGAUCUUGUUAUGAAAUUCAGUAUUGAAGUUUCUGCAUCCCAUCCUUCUGUCCCAGGCAUCUCCAUGAGACAACAUUUCAGAAUAUUUCCUACAUCUUCUUAGGGAUAACACCAAAUAAGGGAGACUACUCAUCAUUGGUCUGUCCCACCCAGAGUUUCUCUUACUUUUAAUACCUAAAAUACGUGAAGAUUCUGCAUUCCUCAUCAUAGACUCCUGCUUGCUGCCCAAGGGAGACAUCCAGUCUUCUGGACCAGGGCCACAGAAAGAUGAAUCUGCUCUUAAGAUCCUUAGAGUUUACAGAUAUAGUUGUUAAGAUGGUGUCUAUCAAUAGAAACAUCCCAACCUGCCUUAAGAAUUUGAAGUGUUGCAGAUCAUACUGAUAUAAAUUUACUGGUGCAAAUUCUGAUAUUUGCUGAGCGAGCUAUUCUCUUCCUGUUUGUCAAGACUCAUUGAAGUGGUUGCAAAUUCAUGAGAGGAAACUCUUAUCUCAAAGAACAGUGUUCCAUCUUCAAGAAACUCUGUGAUGUCUACAGACUUUUAACAAUGCCAACAUUUGUAUGCUAUUUCAUCAUGUUGGAGACAAGAUAUGCUAUGAAGGCCUUGCCUGAGACUUUGGGAAUGUGGCUCCUUCUCAGAGUAGAUGUUUCUGGGAUACGUAGACCAGCAGUCUGACUCAGUACAAGGCAGCAUCUCCUUGUAAUUGUCAGUGGUGGAGAGAUAUUUGCCUAUCUUGCAAGUCAUUGUCAUGGUUUAUUUUGCAACCAUUUCUCUUUCCUGAAAUGAUCACCUUGGAAGGGAACUGAGGCUCUGUGGAGGAGUACAUACUUAGCAUGUGCAAUGCCUCAGAUUCAGUCCAGCUGAAGAAUCAUAGAUGGAUGACAUGCUGGAUCAAAACCUCUACCUGAAACAUUGGAAAGUUGCUGGCAUUCAGCAUAAACUGCUGAACUACAAGGGCCAUUUCUCUGAUGUGGCACAAAGCAGAUUACUCUACUGAAUACUGCUUUUUGGCUUGGCCAGUUCACUCUGGACAUUUUAGUAAGAUACUUGCAGUCCAGGGUUUUUUCAAGGCUGGAGUACAACACUUUCAGAAUGUACUCAAGCAUAAUGUUCCAGUGCUUCUAUAGAGAACAUUUGUACAUUAGUCCAGAGAUUUUUUUCAUAUUCUCCCCAACUAACUUAGGAGACCACUUUUACCAAGUAGGGUAUUAUAAGCGGGCCACAAUUUAGGUUUUAAAUAAUUUGAAACAUUGCUGAGAACAUUCUUAACAUCUUAAAGCUUUGGAUGUGAAUUUUAUUAUCUCUAGAAAAAAGGAGAAAAUAUAUCUUCACUUGGGAGGUCUAGCAUUUAAAGAUUCAUGGGAAUAACAGUACUUUUUUUCUUAAAAUAAGAUGAGAGCAAUUCUGUGGGAAUAUAGAUGGCAUGUAUUUAAUUCCUGAAAGCUGUAAAAUAGCUGCUGAUGGAGGUAGAAGUCAAAAUGUGUCUAGCAGUUGUCAGUGAAUUAAAUAAUCUUCCAAGAGUAAAGAUGGCACUGCAAAACUCUUGGUACAUCAGGGAUAGCCAAACUGCUGCCCCCCAGAUGUUUUGGGCACUAUUCAGGUGUAUUCAGGAAGCUGUUGUGGACCGCUUGGAGAAAAAUUGUAGUAGUAUCCACUGGGGUUUGGUUCCAGGACCCCUAUGGAUACCAAAAUUUGUGGAUGCUGAAGUCCCAUUAUAUAUCAUGGUGUAGUAAAAUGGUGUCCCUUAUAUAAAAUGACAAAACCAAGGUAUGGUUUUUUUGGAAUAUUUUCAAGCCAUGAAUGGUUGAAUCCAUGAAUAAAGAAUCAAUGGAUAAGGAGGGUAUAUGUAAGAUUGUUUAAGUGCCUUCCAGACCACCACAGUGAUCAGACCACAGUCCAACACCAGAGAGAACAGGGAAUGUAGCAUUAAUUAUGAAUAGCCCUUCUGCUCAUUUAAUGCACAAUAACCCAGAACCUACCUUUGUUGGAGGACCUGUUGACUGUGGUAUGCUUGUUGAAUGGGGUCUCCAAAGAUAGUCUAGGAGUGACUGGAUGUCCAGAGGAAGAGAUAAUGCUUUCUUACUCCAGCCCAGAGACAUAUUCUUCAACAUCUGCCUCGUACUGGCUGAGUAGGGAAGGUGCCCCAUGUCUGGAUCAUUGCCUAUCUAACAAGUAGAAACGAAGAAGGUAAGACCAAGUUUUCUGUUUUACACCAUGUUUGAGUGUGGCAGGGAGAAAAUAACCUAACCUUCUUGCUUCUACACAAAAUGCCUCAUGAGUUAGAGGUUUUAGUAAAGGAUAAUGAAUAACAUCUGUUCCCUUAAAACGAAAGAAAUCAGAAUGACCUGCCAAGCAAGGUUAUUAUGGCCUUUGCUCUUUUACUGUAGAUCACUUCUUUUCUUCUUUCUUAAUUGAUCUGAUGUUCCCUUUUAAAAAAUUCCAGACAAGUAGCCAGAUUAGUUGUUGUUCUGUGUAGAUUAAUUGCUUUAUAAGCUUUUGUAGAAAAGGGUCAAAUUCCUCUGAUGGGUAAAGCCGAAGGUCAAGAUGGUGGUGUGGAAACACCUGGGAAUGGGUCAUUUCUUCCACUAAAAUUACAGAUGUGUGGGGAACUAAAGUUAAAGAAAGCCAUGAAGAAAACACUACUAGCUACUUCACAUGCAAAAGUAGAUGAAGUGUGUACACUAAAUAUUUUGUUAGAAGCAUCAGUGAAGCUUAGCAUCAAACUUACACAAUGUUUUUGCAGUGAAGAAACCACUCAUAGUUGUGUUCUCCUCUAUACAAUUGUGUGUGUUUGUGUGUGUGUGUGUGUGUGUGUGUGUACGUGCAUUUAUGUGCAUUGCUGCCCACUUUUUUCUACUUUGUGACAGCACAGGAUGGGCUUACAUGGCUUCUAUCUCUGAGAAGAAAUGUGACGGCAAAUCCAUUGGUCAUCAGGCCCACUGAUCAUAGAGGUGUCUCUUAGACAGUGCUUUGGCAACAUAUAGAUGGUUUGCUUAUCAACUUUGUUUUAGAAAAUAUAUGCCCUUCUGCAGAGUAUGCAGCAUUCAGCAGAGUAUGCAGCAUUCAUGGGCAUGCCUUUUCCAUGCUUCAGCAUCCUGGGGAGUCCACUCCUGCAAAACUGGUGGGUACCUUCUUCCUCCUUUGGUUGAAAGAGGAAGAAUCUUUGUGUAGGCUCUCUUUCUAAUAAACCUGGCUGUGGUUUGUGGACACUUAGCAGGCAAAAUCAGGCCUAAACUGACCUGCAUCAACCCCACUGGUCUGAUAGGCAAUUCAGGCAGAUGCACCACAUUGUGGUGUGGCCAGAAAGCUUCUUUUCAGUGGUUGGAGCCUACACCGUUUAUGCUGCCUACAGUUGGAGGAAAUAUGAGACUUGGGACUCAUCCUGGUGGUUUCUAUGGAUUGAAGAGAAUUGUGGCUGUAAAUGAGACAAUGACCCAGAUCUUAUUGAGGCUUACAUUCAGGAAAGUCCAUAUUGUGCGAGUGGUAGGACUCUUCUGAAACCUUGCUGAAGCUAGCAUCUGCCUUGUGCCAGCAUAGAUACUCUAGUGCCCCUUUCUCCAUGUCAGCACCACCAGCUGAUGACAACAAGCCCUGCUCAACUGCCGCCACCUCUUCACUACAAAACACAUGCAGCUUAGGCUAUGCCUACUCUCAUGCUUUGGACACUCCUAGCUGGGCAGUGGAUAUGUUGGCCAGAAGAGUGGCAAAACAAUUCGCAAGACUGUGUUCCCUAGGAAAUAUUUUAAAGCCUGUGCUUGGGAAGUCCAAAGUAAGAGAAAUGGGUUUUAUGUACCUUGAAAGGUGAAGAAUUUUCAGUAUUUAUGGCUGGAUAAGAACUCUGUUUCUAAGAAAUGGAGAAAAGGGAAGGCAUUUAGCUCCUGAAGAAUUUUCAUUGCUGUUAACAUUUUAUACUUGUUCUCUUGUAAGGCCCCUUCCACUAGAGCCAAGCAGCAUUUUUGAUGAAUAUCAAUGUUAUCAUACUUAGUUCAUUUGCCACUUUUCCAAGGUAAGGCCAUGCUCGAAAGUGGCUUAUGGCACCAUCAAAUACAAUAACAUUUCCUGAAGGAAUGGAGCUCAGAAUUUAAAGAGGCCAACAUUUGGGUAAACACUUCAUAUUAAUAAAGAUACACUAAAAUGAAGCAACCCAACCAAUAAUUCACUUGAAUGUUUAACAAUAGAGAAAUACUCAAGAAACCCCCUCAAGACAUUCCACUGACAGCAAAAGUACAUUUUACCCCAGCCAUAGACCCUAAACAAGAUCUCACCCUGAUAUCUGUAGGAACUCUGAGCAGCUGCAGCCGCCUUUGCAGCUGGAAACAGUCAGUGUUAUUCUACUGCAAACUAGGCAGAAAUUAAAGAGGCAAAGAAAAGGAACCAGGUGCUUGCUAGAUGGUCUAUAGGCAUUUUUAGCCAGGAAGCCAUCCAGUUAAUGGUGUUUAUAACCAUGACUCAUAGCUGAAUGGUUUCCUAGCUAGACAUAUUCAUUAGGAUAUACCUUGGCUUUCAGCACAUGCUUCUGGUAAAUUUAAGUGACUUGAUGCUCUCUCCUGAGAGUAUAGCAUAGGAAGGAAACAUCCUGUCUCAUAGCUCUGAACAUCCUACUACUUCUUUUCCAGGUAUGCAUUUAAUUGGUCUUAAAUUGACACUUACUCCCUGUUCUCUGGGGAUGGCUAUGACUGAGCCAUGCAAAAGCUAAAAGCAGUAGUUCUGUAUCAUUUAAUAUUAGUAUAAGUUCUGAAUGACCUGGGUACUGUUUACUGAGAUACUGUACACAGAGUGUGAUUAAAGAGGACCAUGCCAAGAAUUAUGCAUAUAGGUAAGCAAUGCCUCUGUAUUUUGGGCGAGUGGGGAACCAAAGGAAGGGCUGUAUGCCUUCAUUUCUUACUUAUGGCGACCCUAAGGCAAACUUAUCCUGGGGUUUUCUCGGCAAGAUUUGUUCAGAGGAAGUUUACCAUUGCCUCCCUUGAAGCUGAGAGCAUGUGACUUGCCCAAGGUCACCUAGUGAGUUUCAUUGCCAAGCUAGGAAUCAGACCCUGGUCUCCAGAGUCAUAGUCCAACACUCAAACCUCCACACCACCAAAGGCAGAGGGAGUGAAUAUUAAUCAAAAGGCCAAACUGUAAAGAAGAAUCAAGACAGUGUUAACAGGCUAGUCUUUUGCUUACAGCGAGCUAAGAGCUGUAUAUUUACAUCCUGAUUGUUCCUUCUCUGUUACCCAAAUUGACCAAAAUCAGUAUGAGAUCUGCAGGCACUAGCUCUCAGUUUCUCAGCAAUUGAUGCUGUUACGCCUACAGCACCCAAAUCUAAAGAUUUGUUUCCACUGUCUAUCCUGUACCAUAAUAUUUGUAGUAUCUGGCUGUUCAUGAGUAUACAUUCAUACUUGGAAUCAAAAUGGAAGGAGGGGAAGAAGAGAGAGCCCUGUGCUUCUGCAGGGUAAGGGGUCAGAAUGAUUACUCCCCUGCCCAUCGUUUAAACAUCAAAAGAUUGGGGUACAAAUGGGGCAGUGUAGAGCAGUGCACAGAUUGAACUAAUUAUAACUAAUUAGGUUUAUAAACCACCUGUCUCUUUGUAGUCCCCUAUACAGAAUAUGCAGUGCAAUCAGUUUUGAUUCAGUUUUAAACUCCCAAAUCUCCAUCUUCCAUAAAGAGAAGCUAGACAUAGUGGAGGAUUGCGCACCUUAAUAGAAUAAGUGAGAUUUUCUGUCUGCCCCUGCCUUAAGGUAACAAGUGUUGUAUAUGGAAGCAGAACUGGAGUGGGGGAAAUGUUAAACAUCCAGUCACCAGGAUUCUUAAAAUUUGAUACUAAUAGUAAGCUAAAUGAUUCCAAAAAUUCUGCGAUUGGCUCCUAGGAAUUAAAAGUAAUGCUUUUUAUCCCAACAUUAAAGCUACCAGAAAUAUAUUUUCUUGACCCAUUAUCUAAUGGUGACACAGAUAGUGUAUAGAAUAGGAACAGGAGAGAGAAACCUGUGGUAUCAGAAUCAGUGCAUCCCUCUUGCACAGAUGUACCCUAAUUCUGAUGAUAGAAGUAGAAUUGGGCCUCCGUUUUAUGAAAACCUGUAAAGGACUGAAAAUAAUGAUGGAACUGUGAAGGACUGAUGACUACAACCAUGUUGGCAGGCCAUUCUCUUAAAAAAACCUUUCCCCAUUUUGCUGCUGUUACACAGGUAGUGUCAGAAUAGUAACCUUAGGUUACUUUGCUCUGGGUGAUGAGAGCCUCGAGCCAUGUAAGUCUGAAGAGAUGGAAAGUUGGGAAAAUAAGCAGUUUCAUUUGUGAGUUUUCCUACUUCUGUUAUCCAUGGCCUGCAGUUCACCCGCUUCUUUUCCUCUCCUGUUGUUCGGUCUGAAGCAUUAAUCUUUACUGUUAACUGGUGGUUAGGAGCCGCAGAUCUCUUUGCAGCUUUGGAAGAAUUUACAACUUGAGCUGGCUGGAAGGGGGCACCCCCAGGCUCUGCUCUGCAUUGUUUCUCCAGACGACUUUGCAGAGUCCCUGUCUGCUGGCCCUGUUUAACACGAGAAGAAAAGCUCAUUGGUAAGAGAACCAGCUUUCCUCUCCCACCCAUAGAGAUGCAGCUUUCCAUGAUCUGUAACUGGACAACCUGAGAUUGUAGUGUCUUGGGAAGCAACCCAUGUAAACAUCCCAUUCUUCACUGUGCUAGACAGCUUGGGUGUGUGUGAACGUCUCUGUUGAACCAUUUCACAGUGUAGUGUGUCCAUGCGGCUUGUUCAUUGUACCUGGCUGACUGGCUGCUUCUCCUGUCUGUAGGCCAUCGAAGAAGGCACCCUGGAGGAGAUAGAGGAGGAGGUGCGCCAGAAGAAAUCCUCUCGCAAACGUAAAAGAGAUGUGGACGUCAGCUCUUCCACCCCAACCACCAGCACACGUAGCCGGGACAAAGAUGAGGA